UGCCUCUGGCUGUGUUCUUUGCCCGUUUUAUUGAUCUACUUUCAAGCGGGUUCUGGCCACUAUAUAAGAUCUCUGUCUCGGCCAAACAAAUCAACACAAAUCAUCCACCAACCAACCAAUCAAGCAAACAACUCGACAUGAAGUUCUUCAUUGCUUGCCUCCUGUUCGCCGCCUGCCUGGCUCUUGCCCAAAGCAGUGUCAUCCAUGGUGCUGCCUACGGCCCUGUGGCUACCUUGCCACUGGUUCGCACCGUUCCCGUAGUGCGCACCGUACCCGUUGUCCGCCAUGUGCCAGUGGUGCGUACAGUGCCCGUCGUUCGUCAUGUGCCCGUCUACGAGAACGUGGCCGUGGUUCCCUCCGUCGUCCGUGUCGGACAUGGCGCAGUCUACGAUGCUCCGCUGGCCUACGGUGGCUGGCUGAAACAGAAAUAAUUGCAGUGCUCUGUGCCUUAUAAUCUGCUGCUGACCGCUAACAUUAAACGACUUGUAUAAUUU